CGCCCUCCUACGCGCUUUUUAUACAUGCACAUACAGUUGGGUGCAUACAGGAGACAGGGUCGUCGGUAAUUUAGGAGCGGGAGAGACAGCACGGGAGGCUGUCUGUUAGGCUUCAGUGAAGCAGAAGGAUCCUGGCAUCCCCCCCGUACUGCCAUGCUGUGCUAUGUGACGAGGCCGGAUGCGGUGGUUAUGGAGGUAGAAGUGGAUGCGAAGGCGAAUGGAGAAGACUGUCUCAAUCAGGUUUGCAAAAGGUUAGGGAUUAUUGAAGGAGAUUACUUUGGGCUGCAAUUUAGUGGUAACAAAGGAGAAAAUCUAUGGCUGAAUCUCCGAAAUCGAAUAUCGCAACAGAUGGAUGGUCUGGCGCCUUUCAGGUUAAAGCUGAAAGUGAAGUUCUUUGUGGAGCCACAUCUAAUCUUGCAGGAACAGACAAGGCACAUGUUUUUCUUGCAUAUAAAGGAAGAUUUGUUGGCAGGUCGUCUGCAGUGUUCUCCAGCGCAGGCAGUGGAGCUGAGUGCCCUUCUGGCCCAGAUGGAAUAUGGAGAUUACAGUGUAAAUACUGCUACUUAUAGCCUCCAGGAUCUUUGUGGAAAGGAUAUUGACACUGCUGCAUUAGAAAGUAUUAUUGCAAAGCAUAAGAGUUUGGAAGGGCUAAGCCAAGCAUCAGGAGAAUACCAAUUUCUUCAGAUUGUAUCAACACUGGAAAACUAUGGCGUAGAAUGGCAUUCUGUGCGAGAUGCAGAAGGACAGAAACUUAUUGUUGGCAUAGGACCCGAGGGUAUCUCUCUCUGUAAAGAAGACUUUAGUCCCAUUAAUAGGAUUACGUAUCCUGUAAUUCAAAUGGCAACUCAGUCGGGAAAGAACGUAUACCUGACAAUUACAAAGGAGUCUGGGAAUAGUUUAGUUCUUCUGUUUAAAGUUGUCAGCACCAGAGCUGCUAGUGGACUUUACAGAGCCAUUACAGAGACUCACGCAUUCUACAGAUGCGACACAGUCACUAAUGCUGUUAUGAUGCAGUACAGUAGAGACCUUAAAGGACACUUGGCCUCUUUCUUCCUCAAUGAUAACAUCAACGUUGGAAAAAAGUAUGUAUUUGACAUUAGAAGGACUUCAAAAGAGGUGUACGACCAUGCAAGGAGAGCCCUGUACAAUGCCGGCAUUGUGGAUCUGGUCUCUGGGAGUGGCCAUAGUGAGCCAAGUUCCCCGCUCAAGACAUCUGAAAGUAAUAUGAACUGUAACAGCUGUGAGAGCCUCAGCUGUCAGCAGACCAAGGCCCUGCAGGAAAAGCUGCGCAAGCUGAAAGAAGCCAUGCUGUGCAUGUUGUGCUGUGAAGAAGAAAUUAAUUCUGCCUUCUGUCCUUGUGGGCACAUGGUGUGCUGUGAAGGAUGUGCUACCCAGCUACAGUCAUGUCCAGUGUGCCGUGCUUCAGUGGAACAUGUCCAACACGUGUUCUUGCCAACUCACACAAGUCUACUUAACCUGACUGUAAUCUGAGAAGGAGAACUCUUCGGACACUUUAUAGACUGUACCUAUGUACAUUACUGGGACUACACUAAUAAGUGCUACAAACCAUUGAUUUUUUUUUUUAUUUCUUUACAAUGACUAAAGAUUAUUGAUGGAAAAGCAGCCAACUGAAAAUCGAACCUGAAGGAAGGUCAAACGCUGGUGGUUGUUUGGUGGUUCAAUAUGCCUUGUAAAGUAUGUUUAAUUGAAUCAUGGAUAGAGGCGUGUGUGUGUGUGUGUGUGUGUGUACGGUAUGGAUGGUAAGACUCAAGUCUGAGAAGGCACAAAUCCUAGUCCUAAACAUAUUCAAAGGGGCAGCACUAUUUUCUACAUGAGUAUUUCCCUUUAAUAAUAGUUUCUUCCUGUAGAGUUUUGGAAUUUGCUCUUUCAGUUUUUAUUAUAAUCCAUUACUGGUCCAAAACUGUUGAAGCCAAAAUACCUUCCAAAUACGUGAGGGGGAUUUCAGUGGAAGCACAGCCUGGCAGGCCCUUGAUCAGUUAUCACUCCAUAGUAGGUUUUAGCUAGUUGUUUUAAUGUAUGUUAUUUUAGGUGUUAAUAUGUUUUUAUUGCAAUAUAUUUUUAUAGUUUAAUUCAUAAUUUCCAGAAUACUAUAUGGCUAAUGCCAAUAGUACUUGUGGCCCCUUGCCCAUGGGUUGUGGAUUACCAGUGAGCAAUUUUCAUUGCUUGUAGUGGGAUACAAUUCUUGUGGUGGAAAAUUUUAGAGAAAAAUAGCUACAUGUGGCAUUGCCUUUAAAUACAGUAUUUGGGGUUGGGGGUAUUUUGAAAGGCAUUAAACCCUUCACAAAAAUUAAUGUAAAAUUGGUAUCUUCCGAGCAGUUUUGCAAUUUGUUUUUAUUUUUAUGAUAUUAACAGUUUACACUAUUAAUAUCCGGCUUUUUCCCAGGCCAAUCAUUCUGACUGCCAAGUGGUUAAAUGUCUGGUGCAGGCAUUAUGGCUGAAUGCAGUUUUGCCUGAUACCUCUCUUUCCUUGCCAGCCCAUUUAGAUUAUUGAGUUGAAAAAUAGUAAGAAAAACUGAACAGAAUACCUUCCUUACCAGUUGUUAAGGCUAC